AGCAAGUGCUGGGGACCUGGGCUGAGCACACCCUCCCGGCUCUGCCUACGGAGUAUCUGCAGCCUCAUGUAGUGCCUUCAGGAGACUGAGGGCUGGUUCUUCUGGGGGUGCAGCAGGGGAGGGGUGGGGGGAGAAAGAGGCGAGAGGCUCUGCCUCUUGGUCCCCGAGCUCUGCGCUCCCAGCCAGUGGCCUCCUGUCCGCCCGAGAGCCUGGGCUGGGGGAUAAGAUGAGCGAAAGGAGAAGAUCGGCGGUGGCCCUCAGCUCCCGAGCGCACGCUUUCUCGGUAGAAGCCUUGAUUGGGACAAAUAAAAAGAGGAAACUGCGAGACUGGGAGGACAAGGGGCUGGAUUUGUCCAUGGAAAGCCUCAGCCCCAACGGCCAGCUAGGGGACAAUGAAGACCCGACUCAGUGCCUGGACCUCAACCCCGACUCAGAGCAGAGCACGGGGUCAGACACAGAAGUGCUGGCAGAAAGGACAUCCUGCUCAUUUGGCUCCCAUUCUGACCUUGCAUCUAGUGGCUCAGGCCCUCAGCCUCCUCCACCUUCAUCCAUGGAAGAGAUCCAGGUAGAGCUGCAGUGUGCUGAUCUCUGGAAGAGAUUUCAUGACAUUGGGACAGAGAUGAUCAUCACAAAAGCAGGCAGGAGGAUGUUUCCAGCCAUGAGAGUGAAAAUUACUGGCCUGGAUCCCCACCAGCAGUAUUAUAUUGCCAUGGACAUUGUGCCUGUGGAUAACAAGAGAUACAGGUAUGUGUAUCACAGUUCCAAGUGGAUGGUGGCUGGCAAUGCUGACUCCCCAGUGCCCCCGAGGGUUUACAUCCACCCUGACUCACUGGCUUCUGGAGACACCUGGAUGAGGCAGGUGGUCAGUUUUGACAAGCUCAAGCUGACCAACAACGAACUUGAUGAUCAAGGCCAUAUAAUUUUACAUUCAAUGCAUAAGUACCAGCCCCGUGUUCAUGUCAUCCGCAAGGAUUUCAGCAGUGAUCUUUCUCCUACAAAGCCAGUUCCUUCAGGAGAUGGGGUGAAAACCUUCAACUUCCCUGAGACUGUCUUUACCACAGUGACAGCUUACCAAAAUCAACAGAUCACCAGAUUAAAAAUUGACAGAAACCCCUUUGCUAAAGGUUUCAGAGAUUCUGGAAGAAAUAGGACGGGGCUGGAGGCCAUUAUGGAGACUUAUGCCUUCUGGAGGCCCCCCGUGCGCACCCUCACCUUCGAAGACUUCACUACUAUGCAGAAGCAGCAAGGAGGCAGCACAGGCACCUCCCCGACCACCUCCAGCACAGGGACCCCGUCCCCCUCUGCUUCCUCCCACCUUCUCUCUCCAUCCUGCUCCCCUCCAGCCUUUCAUUUGGCCCCCAACACUUUCAACGUUGGCUGCCGGGAGAGUCAGCUUUGCAACCUUAACCUGUCUGAUUAUCCUCCCUGUGCCAGAAGCAACAUGGCUGCUUUGCAGAGCUACCCAGGGCUGAGUGAUGGCAGCUACAAUCGGCUGCAGAGCAGCACUGCUUCUGCCUCACAGCCCUCCGAAACCUUCAUGCCUCAGAGGACUCCAUCCUUGAUCUCAGGAAUGCCAGCUCCUUCCUCCCUGCCCACCAACAGCAAGAUGGAGCCGUACAGCAGCCAGCUGGGGUCCUUCUCCAGCUCCCAGUUUCAGUAUGUCAUGCAAGCAGGCAACCCUGCCUCCACCUCCUCCUCUUCACACAUGUUUGGUGGAGGCCACAUGCAGCAGAGCUCCUACAAUGCCUUCUCCCUGCACAAUCCCUACAACCUCUAUGGAUAUAAUUUCCCUGCUUCCCCCAGGCUGGCGGCAAGCCCGGAGAAACUCACCACGUCCCAAAGCACUUUACUCUGCUCUUCCCCAUCCAGUGGGGCCUUUGGAGAGAGGCAAUACCUUUCCACGGGGAUGGAUCACGGGAUGCACAUGAUCAGCCCUCCCUCCGGCAACCAGCAGACAGCCAACACCUGUGACAACAGACAGUACGGUGCAGUUCAGGGCUCUUCCUCACAGAUGUCUGUGCACAUGGUCUAACAAGAUGUGUGUCUACUUGGCCUCGAAGGCAGUCGGACCUUCAUCAUUUCCAGGGGUAAACCCAUCCCAGUACCUUUUUGCCUUCAAACUUAUAGUGGAACUAGUAUUGUAACGAUAAAUAAGAACACAAGCCAUCUAGGUAUGCGCCACAGGACAUUGUGGAAAGCCUCGACUGACAGUCAUUGCAGCUUUUUGUAGCCCAGAGCUUCCAGACCUGGCACAGAGUGUCUGCUCUUUCUGGACAUUGCAGAGAGAAGGACAUGACUUUAACAGUAAGCUGGAGAGAAGCAGCUGAAUAUAUGGUUUUUACAUUAACUCUCAGCUUGUGUGAACUCUCAGCAUGGAGGGAGCUGUGCCCCUGUGCUGUCUUCUCCAGGUGCUGAAGAAAGGCAGUCUCCUAAAGCUUCAUCCAUUGAAGCUGCGCUGCCCAUAGCUUUAAAGACUGCCCCAUCUCCAGGCCAUUACUCACUGCUGGAGCGGCUCAGCCCAUUUCUGUGGCCAACAGUGGCCCCUGGCUCCUCCUUCCAUUGUAGUACAGGAAUGGUGCUACUGGGCUGGAGCUUCUCCUUCCAAAGUUGUUCACCAUGACUCUGCCUUACAAGCAUUUUCUUUGUGAGGGUCGAGUUUACCAGCAGCCAGCCUGCAGGCGGAGAUGGGAGAGAGAGAGAAGAAAGAAAAGUUUUAACCUACAAGUGAGACUCGGACACAAGCAGGAACUGAUCUUCAGAAAGAUGCAUGGGGGAGAAGGGGCUAAGCUCCCGUUGAUGUGAUCGGAAGUAAUGCACCCAAACCGAAAGGAUUACAGCCAUUGUGGGGAAUGUGUGUCCUGUAGCAGUCAACCCCAUGGCAGGAAACUGUCCAGACUGAGCUCAUGGGAAGAGCAAUGUGAAAAGUGAGCUCUGCUCCACAGAAAUGCAGCCAGCCUUCCUCAACCGUGCAUGCAAGAGUUGCCAUAGAAAACCAUUAGCAUUUCAGUAACAGUAAGGUCAAGUAUUUGCCAGCCUCCUGCCUGCCACAUGACCUCUGUUUAGCCAAAUAGAUCAUUGCCUUUUGACAUCUUUAUUUUCUGUUUGUUUUCUUCUCUUUUUUUUUUCUUCAAAUACUUUAAAAAUAAGAAACCAAUUGUAGCUUGGUGCAACCAAUGCAUUUAAGUUGUGUGAAAAUGCAAAUACCAAGUAACAGAAUACAGAUAUUAUUGAGAUUUGUUUUGAGGUGUUGUAGAUAAAUGUAUUUAUAUGCCUAGUGGGGUAUUCAAUAUUAUGAAUAUAAAAGAGGGCAAUAAAAAUGGUAUGUAAAAUAUGUAUGAAGAAAAAGGUGUAUAAAGAUUUGCCCUAUGCACGGAACUCUGUUUCUAAGUGCCAAGCACAGAAUGCGCUAAAUAAAUCUUUGUAAUUGUUCCCUUUGUGUUUUUCUCUGUCUGUCAGGCUUCCUCAGUGGUCUUCUAGAGACAUUUUCAAAAUGCCACCAUGUGAGUUUGCACAACAGAGGAAAUGAAGACAUGAUACUGAAUUGCGAAGUCCAGGCAAUAUUACAAUAAAAAUAGAAAUUCUGUCCUCUCACAAAAUUUUAAAAAUAGAGUGCUUGGGAUCUGUAAAGUGCCUGCCUUCGCAUGAAGGGUGUCUGACGGACAGCUAGAGUUCUUAUUUUGAUUGUUAAAAUCUAAUAAAAUGCUCUUCAGAAUAAAUUCUCACAGUCCAUAUAGAAGGUAAUACUUACGAAUAACAGCAUAAUUUGUUUCUCAUUUUUCAAUGCCAUUUUGGGGUAUGUGUCAGGUUUUGAUUUGCACUACAUUUCUAAUAUGAGAUUGAGACAUUAAUACUGAAAGCAGUGGGGAAGCUGAAGCUCCCCCAGGCCUGGCUGUAAGUUAUGGCUGCUGAGUUUACAGCUUUCCUUGUGUCAAUAAACUUUUUUUUUUUUUUUCUUUUCUGAAUUGAAAAAACACCAGGAAGGUAAGAAAGACCUUGAAAAAUAAAUUCUGCUAACAAUUCUUAAUUUUUAUUUUUACAGGAGAAGAUAAAUAUGCCAAUACCAUUCCCAGUUCUGUGUCUAGCCUGUCCGACCGUAUUCUAGCUUUUACUACAUCUAGCUUCUGACAGGUUUGGAGGGACUACGGACAGGAGAAAUUCUGUCCCUCCCCUUAUUAUCUCCUGUUUAACCCUAGUAAUUAAUUCUUGGUUUAUUCCUGAAACGGGGAGUUUUGUAGCCUUUCUAAUGUCCUUUCAGAAUCUUUCAGAAAAACUCCUCAAACUGUGCUUUGAUGUUUGCCAUGGUUUUGGGUUUUACUCCAUUCCAUGGCAACAAUUUCUACAGAUUAAUUAUAUGUUCUAUGAACCAGUAUUUCCUUCUGCGGACUAUUUGAAUUAGAUUGCUCUUUCUUAUUUAUUCAAUUUAUUUCCUCAGUGAGUCUGUAUUUCAGCUAAAAAGAGAAUGUAAAUCAAUAAAAUCAAAAUCAUUCUCAGUAUCAAAAUACAUGUUUCUAAUAUUGAUUAAAACAAAAAAUUAUUUUCAUCAAAAGUUAUCAUUGAAAGACUUGCUGAAGAAAGCAAAGGACAGAUAUAUGGCACAAGCUUCAAUAUUACAGUGAAGGUCUGGAAUCCCAGUUUCCAUGCAUUUUAUUAGGAACCUGUGGGUAAGACCUUGGAAAUUGCCACGCAGACUCUUCAGCGACGUGAUCCUCCAAGGUGUUAAGCACACUGUCCCUGAUCCAACCAAGCUCUUCAGCCGACUGUGAUAAUGUUACUCCAUCUGAUUACCCUCAGUAUGAAACUUAUUGACCUGAGAGUGAGCAUUUGUCUACCAUAUUUAUAGACAUAUUUAUUUAGCUCUUAUGUGGAAUAUGCAUAAAACCAUAGAAAGGUUUGCGUUGGAAAGGAACUUCAAGAUCAUCCAGUUUCAACCUCACUUCUUCCCAGCAGACCAGGCUUCCUAAGGCCCCAUCCAACCUGGCCUUGAACACCUCCAGGGAGGGGGCAUCCAUGACUUCUCUGAGCAGCUUAGCUAGAUAGUUAUUCCUUCAUUUUAACAUAUAUUUAAUUGGUUUGUUGAUUUAGGAUCACCAGAAUUGAGAAUAUUCAUCAUCAAGACUGAAAAAGAACAAGGAAAAGACUAAGAGAGGCUUCCAUGUCCCAAGAUGUAAAGUU